CGUGUUGGGGCGGGUGCCCUUCGCCGCCGUCUCGGGCAGCAUGCAGGAGGCUGGGAAACAUCUCGAACGGAGCCACGCCAUGGGCGCGCUGAUCGCGAACGAGGAGCGCCGCCUCGUCGAGGCUGUCCGCCGCUGCGAUGUCUGGGCGACCGUCUCGGCGCUGGUGCUCGCGGUGCACGUGGAGCUGCUGGUCGGCGUGAGCAGCGACGAGGGCUUCGACCGGUGGCACCAGGCCUUCCGGACGCUCUUCGCCAUCUUCUCAACCGCAUCGAUGAUGUGCAUGGGCUGGGUCGCGUACGAUGUCCUACUCGCUGCCGAGGAGGCGCAGGCGAUGGCGCACGACCACGGCACGACGAAAGACGCGGUGGAAUCGCUCCGCGCGUGGCUGCAUCUCGAGAGGCAGCGCUCGCGCCCGAUGCUUGCCGCGGCCGAAGAAUACCCCCCGCUCGAGACUAUGAUCACUGCCGUCGCCUACCUCGAGCACUGCCUGCGAGACCUGCGGAUCGUCUUUAGCUGGGGACUGCUGCUGGCGGCGGCCUCCUUCUUCUGCUACCUCGGCACGGUAUCGUCGGCGGGCGAGCCGCCCUUCUACUCUGGUGUCAUCGUAGUCGUCGUCGUCGCCGCCGCGCGCUCCGUGUGGAAGACUCGGCUGCGCGGCACGAUCCGCACCCGCGCGCCAAGUGCGCGCGGCGCUGGGAUGCUCGGGCUGGGCCUGCCGGCGCCGCGCGCGCUGCGGCGCGGUCUCGCACGCGGCGUGCGGCCGACGGCUGGCCGGAGCGCCAGCCAGCGCGGCGGCGGCGGGAGCGAGCGCGCGGGCGGCGUUGUUACCGGCAUUCCGAGAGACUCGCUAAACCUGGAUCGGACGUCGCCUGGGCACGCCGACCGCCCUGUCACGUGGACGGACAUCCCGCCGAGGAGGAGCGUGAGCUGAUUCGAUUCUUUUAUGGGUCAUCCUCUGCUAUCACCGAAAAAAA